AUGGCAUCAUUCAACCCCAACAAACCUGAGACCAACACCAGCUCCGCACCAAUCGCAUACCGCCUCACAGGACUAGAGACCUGGAAUCCAAAAGCCAAGUCCGACACAAUGUCCUCUAUCGCAGACGACAUCCGCGCAACAUUCAUGUGCAUCGCGCAACACAUGGAAGCAGGAAAGCUCACCCACAACCAAACACAAUCUAUCGACACUGUGAUUGAGACAAUCCGGGGCACAGAAGUGGCUAAUCGACGAGCACUGGAGCGCAGAACGCAACGAUUGCGAAGGGAGAAAGAACAUGUGAAGCGGGAGUAUCGGGUGUUAGUGCGGGAGGCUGAGAAAUUGGGACUAGCUUAUCAAGCUAAAGUGCAGGAGUUGAUGGGGUUGAAUCGGGGGUUGAUGGUGGAGACGGGGGAAUUGAGAGCUGAGAAGGAGAUGUUGCGGUUGCGGCUUGAGGCGAAGAAGAGGGAAAUUGUGGGAAAUGAGGUUGAUGGAGUGAAAGUCAAAGUGAUUGUGGAUGUGGAUUUGGAGGUUGAUGAUGUUGAUGAAGAGAUGGUUUGA